AUGCCAAUGCGGCCAAAUACUUUAGCAAGUCGGAGGACCCGAUCUUCGAUUGCAAAACAUAGCGGUCUCGAUAGAUUCAUAUCCCAUGGGCUACUGCGAUGGGGACUUUCUGAGCGGCGGCGUCCCAAUACUUGUGCGCGAUGUGUCUCGCCGCUCCGCCAUGUGUCUCUACCGAAUCCAAGCUCCUCCUACACCCCGCUGGUGACCUCUCAAUCAAAGCGCACAUUUUCCAACACUACUCGCAAAGAAGGCAUAUGGGAUGACGACGACGAAGUCCCAGAGCCAAAACCCGUACAACGAACCCCAGGCCAGCCGGGAUUUGUGCGCCCUUCUCAACAUCGAGACUUGGCCAGCUUGGUUCGAUCGAGGGUUGAAGGGAAAAAUCGAAUCUCUGAACGCCUGCACAUCGAGAAGCAGUUCAAUUCGCUACCUUCAUAUCAGGGACUUGUUGAGAAUUUUGUCCAAUUGAAGUACAAACACCUUGAUGAUCUCGUUGUUGAAUCCAACACAGUUACUCAAGAAUGCAUCAAGGUCACUCAAAGAUGUGUAACUGAAUGGGAAAACCGAUCAAACUUCAUCAGGGCGCAAAUUAACCUCAUCAGGGCGCAAAGUAUAGCUAUUGUGUCAGACGCCACGGAUUCAGUUCUACAAGCAGAGAAAAUCACCAAAGAGUAUAUCGCUGAAGUGAGACAUCUUUCGUCUUCCAUACUGGGCCGAAUCCAGACUGCUGUCACGAAAGCAAAGAAAACUGGUCAAAUGAUUGAUCAUGAAUACUGCUGUAUUGCCUUUUCUGGGACUCCGGAAUUGGCAAGAGGGGUGCAAAUAUCCGCCCAGAACAUCCGUGGUUGGAGGAAUUCUCUCCGUGCGACUCAAAUAACGCUCCUGGAAUCUCAGAUCAACACUUCUAAGCUAUUAAUCCGUCAAUUGAGAGACACUCUCGACAAUGAUUACCUAAAACCCCGGGUUAUCGCAAGAAGUCGAAUUGAUCGAGUUCUUCAUCAAACCGUACUGAUUGAGAAUGACUACAUCGAGUUGCGACUGAAAGCCACCAAUGCCAGAUCUUUCGCCGUCAGGAACCUUUGCUUGAAGCUUCGAGACAACACGAACCUUCGUCCAGUCGAUAGAUGGGUGUUUGGCCAGUACAAAGAACUCAUUGAGCGUGGUGAUCGCCAGAUUCGCGCAUGUGCCCAUAAGCACCGUUCAGCCUGGCUCAGAAGGCAAAUGGCUUUCCACCCACUUCGACAAAGUGAACUAUGGAAUAUGGGCGAUUUCAUGGUGGCAGUUUCGUCAGCUCGUCCUAGUAUAUUAACUGACAGGAGUAUCCUACUUGGGCUUAUGCAAAGUGCGCCAGAGGACUCACCGGCGAGUCAGUACUUGCACGACAAUCAACUCCUGCUAUCCAACAAGAUCUAUACCCAAUACAAGCGUCUUUGGAUGCCAAAACCGGCACGCAGCCCUGAGCUACAUAUCUAUUGGCGACAGUUGGAUGUAAUAGCGCCACUGCACCUGACCAAUAUUGCCACAUGGCGGCUUCAUAAUGAAGUUUGGUACCUUCACCACAGCCUCAAAGGUGAUCUUGGAGCAUUGUGGGCUUGGGUUCCUGAGGAGACUCGUCGGCACACUGUUUCCAAUGUGGCCGACUGGUGCAUAAAAUUCCAGGAACAUCGCAGCGAUCUUCGAAAAACGGUUGCUAGUUACAUCCAUUUAAACUGGCUGCGUCUUCGGUCGGAAACCUUGCUACACUCAAUGGAAGAACCUGCCUAUCUUGCUGGAAAGUUUGAAGUCCUCAAUCCAAUGAGCCAGGAUAUCCACCGCUUCAAGCAAUGGACCGAUCGCAUGGGCCAGCUGAUUUCUGACGCCCAUAUUAUCUCAAUCGCAACCCACUUGCCGCAAGAUGAGUGGGAAUCCAUCCAGAGAAAUAUUGGGGGCUCGAUUUUACGUGAUGCUUCCGCUAACCCCCAGUUUUUAGAACUGGGUUCUUCGGCGACCAAGCCCAGGCGUAAGAAGGGACGAGGGGAAUCCAGACAUCCGAAAUUUUCUCACAGCCGUCUCGAGAGAUAUAUCAAAGGGCAACUGCCGGGCCAUCCCGAGUCCCCACCCACCAGUCAAGAUAAUCAGUGGCCCGGUCAGGCUGUGAAAUCCUCGAGGGUUGUCUUGAUGCAACCACUAAGGAGGGUGAGGAGGGGAGUCAGACAACAGCAAACAGCCGACUUGGCUGCUAACCAAGGAAGUCAAGAUGAGAGUCACCUUGGACACAAACUCAAUCCUUCAACAAUAGAACCCGAGGACCACACAACAGAGGGCAAGCUUGUAUCCAAACCACCCCCAGUCUCUACGCCUAAAUUCAAGCGGUUCCUCGUUUAUACGCCUGCUAGCCAGACAACCCAAGAAGGGAGCCAGGCUCUUCCCAAGCCACCGCCCAUGGUCUCGAAGAGCAAGGAAGUGAGCGUCAGCACGGAGCCACAUGUUGAUGACAUCCGUCCACCAAUUCCCAGAGAAAUCAGUAAUGGAUACCCAGGCACAUGGACACACAACGGACUACGACCGGCCCUUAUGCUACCAAGGAAACCAUUCGCUAAACCAAAAUCGGACAAGGGGAGAAAGUAUAGCACGGAUGCAAUUUCUUACCAAACUAAAUUUCGACAAAGCGGUGUUGUCAGCGAUGAUUCCUUGUCUGAACGGCCGCUUGAAAAUGUCAUGUCCUCGGUCCCAGAUACCGUGGCCAGAGAUGGGCCAAGAUCUAUUGAAGAAGAGGAUUCCGCAGUUGAACCAAUCCCAUCAUCAGAUAUUGAUUCCAGUGCCAACAACCUUACAACCUCCCAGUUUUGGAGCCAUAGUUCACAGCAAAGCCCCGAUGGCCGAAAACUCAUCGUGCAUUACUGCCGGACUCUUCAAAGCACCGAAGAAGCUGUCCAACACUUCCUCGGGAGCAAAGUCAUUGGAUUUGACAUGGAAUGGAAGGCUCAAGCAUCCGGCUGGGACAGCAUUCAGAGCAAUGUCUCGGUGAUUCAAAUCGCAAACGAGGAGCGUAUCGCCAUCUUCCAGGUUGCACUCUUCAAGCCUGCACGUUCUUUGGACGACUUGGUUUCCCCGUCAUUGAAACGCCUCGUUGAAUCCCCCGACGUCAUCAAAGUGGGUGUUUCAAUCAAGGCAGACUGCACACGGCUACGCAAGUAUCUCGGUAUCGAUGCUAGAGCCACCUUCGAGCUCAGCCAUUUGUACAAAUUGAUCAAGUACGGUAAAGACAAUCCCAAAUUGGUGAACAAGAGGGGCGUCAAUCUCAGCGAGCAAAUAAACGAGCAUUUCGGUCUCCCUCUCGAGAAAAGUGAUGAUGUCCGCUGCGGCGAUUGGACUCGGGCUUUGAAUUAUCGUCAGGUCCAAUAUGCUGCUACCGAUCCGUAUGCUUGCGUCCGUCUGUUCCAUACCAUGGAGGCGAAAAGACUAGCCAUGAACCCAGUUCCGCCUCGUCCUGCAUACGCUGAACUCAACCAGCCCAUAGUUCUUCCACUUGGACAAGCAGUCAAUAGCGAAGAGGACCCAUUGAUCUGA